GUUUUAUUUUUUGUACAACAUAUAUGUAAUUUAUAUUUAUAAUCUACUUUUACAAUUUAUUGAACUUUUCUAUUGUUUUGUUCCAUGUUUUAUUUUCAAUCAUUAUGUUUGAUUUUUCUGCAAUAAAAAUAGACCUUUCUUUACUUUUAAGAUGUAUUCAAAUGCCGUGAAGAUUUCCGGCUUGAAUGAUUACCUUAAUCCUGGAGAAGAAUGCGUUUUGCCUCUGUUAAAGAGUGAUAACAAGUAUGAAAUAAGGCUAAAUGAUAAAAUUUCAGACUCAAAUACACAAAAUAAAAGUAAUUUACCUAAUGAUUUGCUAAAUAAUGACAUAUACAAAGAUAAUAAACUAAAUGUUACAACCGUUGAUAAGAAUAAAAAGAUAACAGUUGGACUGAGUGACUGCCUCUCCUGCUCUGGAUGCCUAACCUCAUCAGAGGAGAUACUUUUAAAGGAUGAAAACCACUUGAAAGUUAUUGAAAAAAUGAAAAAUAGUGAUUUCUGCGUCAUUUCAAUAUCUCCUCAGACUAUUUUUAUGCUUUCAAGUCACUAUAACAUGAAGGCAGAAAAGGCGCUGAGAAAGUUAUCUUAUCUGUUUCGGUUUCUAGGUGCUAAAUUGAUAUUUGAUAUCGGGUUGGCUGAAUUGCUAGCUUUAACUCAAAGUAAAGAAGAGUUCAUCUAUAAGUACAACAAUAACACUGUUUCCUCAACCCAUUCAAGUGACCUCGAUGAUACUAACAGAAUGGUUAAUGGUAUUAAUAAGGAUUUAAACAAUCAAAAUUACAAAGAGAGAAGAUUUAAUUUACCAAUAAUAACUAGUCACUGUCCUGGGUGGACAUUAUACGCUGAGAAGACUCUGGACCAGGAUUUGUUAAAUUUGAUAAGUAAGGUACCAAGCAGCCAAGUCAUACAAGGCUUGCUAGUAAAGAUUUUAUCCCAUACAAUCAAUUAUUACAACACCAUUUACCAUAUUAACUACUUAAAACUAUUUAGUUCUAACUGUUUUCUGAAUAGUUUUCUAACAAACGUCAACUGUAAUUCUAAUAGUGAAAAUAAUAUAAUAAAUAAUUUCAAGGUCACUAACAACACGAAAGUAUAUCACAUAUCAAUUGUUCCGUGCUAUGAUAAAAAGUUCGAAACAAUAAGAAAGGAGUUUCAGUUCGAUAUUAAAUCUCUCUUUUCACUUUAUCAAUCUGAUUCAAAUCCGAACACUUCUGGUGACCCAGAUGACUCUCAAGCCUUAGAAACUGAGCCUUUGGUUGAUGAUAUACUUUCAACUUCUGACAUUGAGAAUAUAUUGAAUAGUUUGGGUUUAAAGUUUACUCAAUUGAAAGAGGAGCCGCCCGAUCAUCUGGUUAAUUUUCUGUAUUAUUUCAACAAGAUUAACUCAAUAGCCGACCUAAAUAUUAACCACAACCUGACCUUACCUAAUUAUGAAAGUAGAGAUUUUAAUCACUUGAUGAAACUAAUUAGAUGCUCUGGGCUAUAUUCUCAAAGUGGAGGUUUUGCUGAGGAGAUAUUUAAACAUUCUUGUAAACAGUUAUUCAACGUAGAUGUGGAUAACAGUAACUUAAAGUUCAUGGAAACCAUUAACAAUGACUUCAAGGAAUGUACACUUUUGGACAGUAAUAACAAUGUGCUUUUGAGAUUUAUAAUAGCCUACGGUUUUAGAAAUAUUCAGAACAUAAUCAAGUUGCUUAAAUCCCGCAAGAACACCGGUGAUUCUAGCGGAAAUUAUUAUCAAAAUAAGUCUGAUAGUUCGGGGAGUUCAAAUGGAAGCGACUUUGUAUGUGAUUACAUAGAAUUAAUGUCCUGUCCUGGAGGCUGUUUCAACGGUGCCGGCCAGGCACUUCAGUCCCCUCAGAGCAAUCCAGAUUCUAAAAAGUCUAUUUUAUUAAAUAUUCUUCCAUUUUUUCCUGAUUGUGUUCGUAAAAAGUAUUUCAAGAAUUUAAAUUUAUUAAAAACUCAAGUUGAUAAUCAAACUACAAGUGCCUCGGCUUUUGAGGGAUUUUUAAGUGAAACUGAAUAUAUUAGUACCCAAGAUCAAGUGUGCCAAUAUUUUUCAAAUUUAUUAAAGUUGGUUCAGUCGAGGUUUGAUUUUAAUUUAAACCUUAGUUCUCAGAAAAACACAAUGAACCUUAAGUGGUGAGCGACCUUGUAAUAUAUAAAUUUAAAUUUUUAAUAUAAUUUAUUAUAUAUAAACGUAAAA